ACUUGCGCAUUCAUAUUCCGCCUAGCUUCUUAAUCUCGCUCCAAAGACAAAAGAUCGGCCGACUACUUGAAGAUAACUACCUAGAGAUAAUGUCGGAGGAUUCGCUACCGGUGCUCAAGGUCCUGAUCAUCGGGCCUUCCGGCGCCGGCAAGUCUGCACUGCUGCUAAGAUAUUGCGAUGAUCUGUUUGAUCCGGAGUCGACGACGGCGACUAUUGGUAUCGAUUUCAAGAUGAAGAAGCUCGCCGUCCGAGGCAAAGCAUAUAGACUUAACAUAUUCGAUACUGCCGGUCAAGAAAGAUUCCGCACUUUGUCAACUAGUUACUACCGUGGUGCCCAUGGCGUCAUCAUAGUCUACGACAUCACGAGCAGGAAGAGCUUCCUCAGCAUGGACAAGUGGAUCGACGAGGCGAGAUCUAAUGCAUCACCCGAUGCCGUGCUUUACUUGGUCGGAAGUAAACUAGACAAAGUGACGACAGGCGGCCGUGCCGUCUCCUUCGAGGAGGGCAAGGCAUUCGCGGAAUCGCAGGGCGCCGGGUUCUGCGAGGUCAGUUCCAAGACGCGGGAGAACGUCCGGCAGCCGUUCGUAGAGGUCGUCGAUCGCAUCGUCCAGCGACCCGAUCUGCUCGCCGCCGCCACACCCGCGUCUAGCAACGCAGGCCUGAACCUCGGUGGUCUCGGGUCAAAUUACUCUUCGGCUUGCCCCUGCUAGGUAAUGAAAUCCAGAAAUUGUCUAUUUUCACGCACGCCCAUGAACGCCUAGGCUGGAUGCUGCGGCUAUGUACAUAGUUCUCUCCCUCUUU